AUGGGAGUGAAUUCAAACGGGCUCAACUUUUCAUACGAGACGUUUUGCGCGUUUCUCCCCAGAAUAACCGGCGGUUCCUCGUCGCCGACAAAUACAGACAAUGUCAAUCCCUUGAUUCAACAGAUUCUAACAAUCUACCCCGGUUCCACUAUCUACGCGGCAGGAGGACAUUCUGCUCUGCUAUCAAUUGGCGACGAUAUUUGCGUCAAGGUGUCCUAUAAACCCGGUGGCGAACAUAUACGCCAUGAACAGACCAUCUUUAUGCAGCUGGAGUCCGUGCCGUGCCCAUUCAUAGCCCACUCGCUCCUCUGCGCCCCUGACCUUAUCUUUAUGGAACUUUACAAGAAUGGCACACUUCACGAGCCUUGCCUUGAGGAUCUAGGCUACGCACAUGGCGAUAUCAACCCCCGGAACAUCAUGUUCAUCGAAGGAGAUCACCUCAGACUAGUCGAUUUUGAUCAUGCACUUAGAGUUGGUGACGAUGUAGAGGUUGGCGACUAUCCCUAUGUCCGCCCAGUAGGGGCUAACAAAGGAAAUGCAGAACAUGGCGGCUCGUUUGGCAUAGCUGGUGCUGACACCGAACAAUUCGCUUUGGGUUCUAUUUUCUGGGACAUGGUCCAAGGAACAGGGCUUUGGACAGGAGUAUACGGACCAGAUCUAGUUGAUAGACUUACGGAUCGCGUAUGCCCAGAGAUGGACCUCGAGGAUCCAAUCAAUCAGAUUAUGAAUGAUUGCUGGAAGGGGAAGUUUGAAUCUAUCGCGGCACUUGCAGCCCGGAUCCGCCACCUCGCUUUCGAGAAGGAUCUUGAGCAGAAGAAGAAAGCCUGCGAGAAGUAUUAUAAGCUGAUAUGCGGUGCCGUGAGCGAACCUGAAGCCAGAACUCCUGAGACGACAAACCCUAAGACUUGUUAA